AUGAACUUUUCGUUCCAGCAGUGGGACUCUGGGGUUGAUAUGAUGGAUUGGGGCACUGUCAAACGCUUAAUGCUUACUAGAUACUGCGGAGUUUCCGGGGAAAAGAUGACGAGGCACUUAUCAAACAUUAAGUGGCAGGGGAAUGCGGUGGGGUACGCCGCCGAGUUCGCCAAAAUUUUAAGUGCUGGGCUGCCCCUACCCCUCGACCAGCUUGUUAAUAUCUUCUUAGCAAGCUUGCCUGACAUUCCUUGUGGCAAUGCCCAUCACGUUAGGAGUCUUACCCACGGGGAGGAGAAACUUGGAAAGGAGCUGAUACGCGAGAGCAGAACCGUAAUAGAAGAGGCUGCUGACUCUAAGGAGACCGCGCAAGCGGCAGAGGCGAAGCCUGAGGUAGAGACAACUAGGGAUGAAGUAGACGAGAAGCGACGAGGAGAAAACACCAUCUGCAGAAGGAACACAGAAGGAGCGGAAGACCCUGAUAACCCGACUGAUGAUGGUGUCGCGAUGCCAUGUUGGGGAGAGGCUGGUGAGACAGCAGAGUAG